AUGUACAUAAACAUUCAACUCUUCAUAUCAACCCUCACCCUUUUAACCCUCACAAACGCGGAAUACCUAGCCGCCGCCGCCCAAAUCACCGCCGCACCACAAUACCACGCCCUGCACGCCCGCCAAGACACCUACUACACCUGCGACUCGGGGUAUACAUCAUGCGUAGGCUGGGGAGCCUGUUGUCCGUCCGGCGCGGCAUGCACCGUCAUCGACGGCCAGCGCGGCUGCGACGCAGUCUGCAAUGGCGUCGAAGUGUGUGGACAUUUAUGCUGUGAUAUUGGAUUCCAGUGCUCCGCGAAUAGCGUUUGUGUUACGGAGGGGUAUGCGGGUGGAAGUGUGGAGACGGUCACAACGAGUGUUGUUGAAAGUAUUGUGACAACGAGUUCGUCGGUGGAGGAGGAUGGGGGUGCGACGUAUACUAUUUUGCCGUAUACGUCGACUACACCUACGCCGUCGAGUACGCCGGUGUCAAUUGCUUCGUCGAGUGCUUUGGGAUCUAGUUCUUCGGGGGCAGCAUCGACUGGAAGUAGUGUCGGGGUGUCUUCGUCUUCUGGUGCAGCUACAUCUUCAUCGUCUUCGACAACGCCGGUUCAGACUACGGGGAGUUCGGGGGCGGCUGCUUUGGAAAGGAGCUCUGUGGUGAUCUGUAUGGUUGCGCUGUUCUUGGGGAUUAUUCUUUGA